AUGGUUUAUAAUAAUGGAAGUUUAAGAGGAAGAAAGAAAAUUGAAGAAAAGUAUAUUCCUAUGAACCGAAAAAGUACCAGUCUAAAAGAUCCUUCAAGAACGAAAAAUAAUAAUUAUAUAAAAACGUUAGACACAUAUAUAAAUGAAGAAGAUAGUCCUACUAAAAUAUUAAGUAAAGGCAAGAAAAACAAAAAUGAAAAUAUAAAAAAAAGGAUUAAUGAAAAGGAUAAUGAUACUGAUAGAGAAGAUGCAGCAUCUCUUAAUGUAGACUAUAACAAGAAUGUGAUGAAAAAAUAUAAUACGAGAGGUACUUUUAUUGAAAAGGUAUCAAGUUCUGAAAGAAAUAUAGAACAUAAUAAUAAUAUUAUCAGAAAAUUGGGUAGCAAGGAUUAUAGUAAGGCAAGAGUUCAAACAAUGACUACAAAUAUCGGGAAUCAUAAUGCUCUGAAAAAAAUAAAUCCUAAGGUUCCUAGUAUUACAAGUAGAACUAAAUCAUACACAAAAGUUAUGAACGAGAACAAAUAUAAUAAUAAUAAUAGUAAUAAUAGUAAUAAUAAUAAUAUUAACAGUAUGUAUUAUUCAAAAAAAUUAAAUAACAAGAAAUAUAGUACUGAACAUACCCAAAGUAUAGAUAAUAAUAACAUAACUUCAAAAAGGUUAAACAAUAAAAAAACUGCUACGGAUAAAGCACAAAGUACAUCAAGAUAUUGCAUAAGCAAUAGUGUAAAGAAAAGUUAUAGUACAAAGGGAUAUAAUACUGACAGAUCACAAACAAUGUCUAGAUAUACUCUACAAAAUAAAAAGGACUCAAAUACUAAUACGAAUAGAAAAGGAUACAGUACACAUAGAGGACAAAUAAUUCAAGAUAAUAGUAAUAUUAAUAAUCAGGCAGAAAAAAAAAAAAGAAAUAUGAGUUUAAAAAAAAAAUAUAUUAAAGAAUCUUCUAAUAGUACUAUUACAGGUAGCAAUGAAAAAAAGAAUUCAAAUAAUAUACUGAAAAAAAAUAGUACUUGUGAUUUAAACUAUCUUAAUAAAGAAUAUAAUAAUAAUAAUAAUAUGCAUGAACACGCAGAAAACGUAUAUAAUAUAAAUGAUAAUGAGGGUUGUAGUAGUAUGCAAAUUAUAAAUGAUGAAGAUGUCCAAAAAAAUGUACCUGAAUUUUACACAAUUAAUUUAGGUAGUGAAACUAAAAAUAUGGGAGAAAAUUACAUUUUUAAAAAUAGAGAUAAAAAAAUAAAACCAAAUAUAUAUAAUGAACGUAAUAAUAUGGAUUUGAUGGAACAUAAAUUAAAUGACGAUAUGAGUUAUAAUUUUGCAGAUCAUAUAAAAGAUAUUGAAUGUUAUAUUAACCAACUAAAUGAAUCAAAUAAAUGUAAUAUAUAUAAAGAAUGUGAUCCUUCCAAAUUAAUAAGUCCAGUAUAUGAUAAUGUUAAUGAUAAUAUAUUAGAAAAUAAUCAACAGUUGAAUGAAUAUGAAAAACAUAAUGAUAUAUUAACAACUUCGUAUCUAAAAUAUUACAGUCACACUAAUAAUAAUAAUCAUUAUUAUAAUGAUGAAGAUGUUCAUUUGGAUUUAGGAAAAACGAAUGAAGGUUUUUCCAAUGUAGUUAAAAAUAUGGAUAAUAUUCCAUGGAAUGAAACGAAUAAAAAAGAAUCUUUUUCAAAUAUAAAAAAAAAAAUAGAUCAUACUGAUGAUAGACAUAUAGCUUAUGUGGAUAAUAGUUCUAUGAAGCAUACAAUGAAUGAUAAGGAUCAAUAUGUAAAAAAUGUGCCUUAUAAUAAUACUAUGGAGGAAGUACUUUUAUUAAAUGAAAAGAGGGGAAAUAUUUUGGGCUCCCUUAUUUCAAAAAAUCAUGAUGCUAAACGUGCUACCAGCAAUAAUAAUAAUAUUAAUAAUAAUAAGUACUAUUAUUAUGAUAAUAAAUAUAGUGAACAUGGAGGAGAUAGCGUUUCAUCAAAUAUAGGUUAUCCUCAUGGAUAUAAAAAUAAUAAUAUUUACAAUUAUGUGAAUAAUAUAAAAGAUUUAUCAUCACCUUUAUAUUGCAACACUAAAACAAAACGUGCGCAUAAAUUUCAUACAGAUAAUAUAAUGAGUGAUCAAUUAAAUAAAUAUGAAGAUAAUAAUAAAAAUGAUGGUAAAUUUUUUAGUGGUAAUAUUUCAAGUAAACAAAAAGGAAAGAAUAAUUUAACGAAUUAUACUACUCAUAGUUCUGAAUAUAGAAUAAAAAGUAUUGAAUCUAAUUUGACAAAGGAUUAUAGAAAAUCAUUGACAUAUAAUGAUAUACCUAAUUUUUUAGACUAUAAUAUAAAUAAUACAAAUGUUCAAAAUAGUGAUUUUGGUGAUUCACAUUAUAUUAAUCGAAAUGUUUCUUAUAAAAAUAGUAUGAAUUCAAAUGAUGAUAUUCAAAAUAGUAAUAAUAAUAAUAAUAAUAAUAAUAAUAAUAAUAUGGUUAAUAAUCCAAAUGAAUAUUUAGUAUAUACUAAUGAAAAACAUUAUGUUAGAAUAAAUAACAAAUUAUAUGAAAAGACACGUGACAAUACUUAUAUUGAAGUAGAUUCUAAUUCAAAUUUUGAUAUCAUAAAUGAUAUUAAUUCUUCCCAUAAUUCCCCUCUUGAUAAUAUAAAGGAUAAUACAUUAUACCAUAAUACAAAUAAAAAAGAAUAUUCUGAUUAUGUUUCUUCUUAUUCUAAUAUUAAUAAAUAUGAAGAUAUAAACCUACCUAAUAAUAUACAUGUUUCAAAAGAUGGGAAAUAUUUAUUUAAAAAUUAUUCCGUUAGUCAAAACGUUUCAGAUGAUAACAGUGUUCAGGAUAGUUUUUUUUCAAGAACCGAAAGAAGUAACAGUCAAAAUAGAUAUGAUAAAAAUGGAGUGAACCAUAUUGAACAGAAUUAUUAUAAUAAUAGUAACAGACGUGAUGAUAUAUAUUAUUAUCAUAACCAACUAAAAAAAUUAGAAAGAUUAACACAACAAAAUAUUAAGAGCGGAAAAUAUCAAAGAAAUAUUCCACAAAAUGAUGAUAAUGAUCAUAAUGAUGAUGAUAGUGAAAUUAAAGAAGUGAAAAAGGAUAAAACAAAAAUAGAUAUGAAUAAACAUUUACAUUUAAAUGAUAAAAAAAUAUUUAAUCAAGUGAAAAGAGAAAACACUGGAGUACAUAUGAAUGCUUCUAAGACUAUUAAAAAUAUGAAAGAGGUAACUUAUAGAAAUAUUAAUAAUGAUACCAAUUAUAAUAAUAAUAAUGUAAAAAUUAAUUACCUAUAUAGUGAUGAAUUAGGAAAAAAUAAGAAUAGGGACACACCCUUAAAAACAAAACAACAUGGUGAUAGUUUAGAUAAUAAAACAGAAUUAAAGAAGAAAAUAUAUAAUGAUAUAAUAAAUAAUGAUAUAAUAAAUAAUAACAUAAUAAAUAAUGAUAUAAUAAAAAGUGGUGCAAUAAAUAACAAUAUUGUAAAUAAUAAUUUGAUUAAUAAUUACAAUGCUGAUAAUAGAAAUGUCUCAAAUAGUAUAUUCACACAACACAUAAAUAAUAUAAAUAAUAAUUUUUACAAUUCUGAUGAUGAAAGAAUUAAUAUAAUAGAUAAUAAUAAAAGGAUGGAUAUGACGAAAGAUGAAAGUGAUCGAUUCAGAAAUAAUUAUUUUGUAGAAUUAGAGAAAAGAAAAAAAAAUUUGGGGAAGACAAAUAAUACUACUCCUAUAUCAUUAUCAAAAAAUGAGACAAUAAAUAAUAUGAUGAUUAAUAAAAGAAAUUUCUUUAAUAAUUAUAUAUCUGAUAAGGUUAGAGAUAAAAUAUUAAAAAGAGAAAUAUCAUGUAGUGUUAAUACAGUAUGUAGUAGUAAAACAAAUAAUAAAACUAAUAGUAAUUAUUCAUCAAAUAAUAAUAAUGAUAAUAAUAAUAAUAAUAAUAAUAGUAAUCCAUUUAUAUUAGAUAAUUCUAUAAGAAAAAGUAAUAUAAUUAUUACAACAAGUAAUAAUGCUAAGUUAAUAAAUAAUACUAUUAUUAGUAAAGGUAUAAAUAAUAAUAUUUUGAAUAUUAACUCAAAUAAGAAUAAAUCAUUAAAUAGUGCUAAAAUUAAUGCCCUUGGUCUAUUAUCAUCAAGAAAUGAUCUUAACUAUAUCAUGAAUAAUAAUCGUACUUCAAAUAAUCAUAUUAAUCAACAUCUUUUGUAUAAUAAUAGAAAUUACUCUGUAAUAAAAAUACCAAAUGUUCAUAAGGAAAAAAGAUCCUCAAAGAUUCCACAUAAUAUAAAUAUAAAAUCUAAUCUUAAUUUGGAACCAAAUAUAAAAACAUAUACAAAUAUAAAAACACCUAUAAAUAUAAAAGCAUAUACAAAUAUAAAAGCACCUACAAAUAUAAAAGCACCUAUAAAUAUAAAAGCAUCUACAAAUAUAAAAGCACCUACAAAUGUAAAAGCACCUACAAAUGUAAAAGCACCUACAAAUGUAAAAGCACCUACAAAUGUAAAUGCACCUACAAAUGUAAAUGCACCUACAAAUGCAAAUGCACCCACAUAUGUAAAUACACCUACAAAUAUUAAACGUCAAGAAUUUUCAAAUGUCACCUUAAAUUAUAAAGGAAUAUCCAAAUUCGAUAUAAAUGAAGACAAAAAUACAACGAUAAUUCCACCCCUACAUAGACAAUCAAAUUCAAAUUUCCCAUUUAAAAAUACCAAGUUGAAUUUAAACAGUGACAUGUAUACAGAGAAAGAACUUAUAAAGUGUAAAUCCAUAAAUAAUAGUGAUAUAUAUAAUUAUUUAAGAAAUACUUAUAACAAAACUCCAUCAAAAUUUUAUCGUACGGUAUCUUAUCGUAACAUGAGUUUAAAGAAAAAUAAAUCUAUGUUAGAAAAUAGGAAAAGGAAAACAGAAAAAAAAGAGGAAAAUCUUAUGAGUACAUUUAAUUAUACAUCUGAAGUUGAUAGUAAAUAUAUAGUUAAAAAAGCUGUUGUUGUUGGUUGUAAUUAUGUGAGUGAAGAACGAAGUAGACUAUAUGGUUCAGUGAAUGAUGCUUAUGUAUUUUGUAGGGCGCUAGUAAAAUAUUUUGAUUUCUUACCUGAAAAUAUAUUACUAUUAACUGAUAGUUUACCAUCCAAUGCUUAUAUAUAUGAAGAUUUUGAUAUAAAUAGAAAAAAAUAUAUAAAUGUAGAUGAAGAAGAAAAUAUUAAAAAUAAUGAACCAUUAAAAAAGAAGAACAUUUUUAAUUUAUUUAAUACAAAUGCAUUAUAUACUACAUUAAAGAAAACUAAUGAAGAAGAACUUAAUUGUAAUUCUUGUAAAGAUGUUGAAAUUAAAAAUGUAGACAUUUCUUCUGAAAAGAUGAAUUUUAAUUUAUGGCCAACAAGGGUAAAUAUAUUAAAGGCAGUCAAUUGGCUCGUUAGAGAUUCAAUACCGUUUGGUUCUUAUGUAUUUUAUUUUGCUGGAAAAAGUGUGCAAGUAGAUAAUAUGAGUGGAUGGGAAGGAGAGGGAUAUGAUGAAGCAUUUUUAUGUUCAGAUCCAUUUAAUAAAAUUUCUGAACAUAAUGUAAUAACAGCUGUUCAAUUAAAAGAUUUGUUAUUAAGUAUAAAUGAAAGUGCACAAAUGACUAUCAUUUUAGAUUGUUCAGGUGGACAAACAAUCUUAGAUCCAGCUGGAACUGAAAAUUCUUUAUCUUAUAUUAAAGGAUGCAAACAAAAAGGUAUAUGGCCCAUAACUAAUCCAACCAAUAAAGUGCAUAAAGCAAUAUAUGAUAUAACUAUAUUAAACAAUACAUCUAUGAAGAAAUAUUUCUGUAGAUCGAGAUAUUCAAAAUUAAUAGAAGUUGAAUCCACAUCAGCAAUGAUAGAUCCAUUAUUACAAUCUAUAUCAUCUUUACCAGUAGCACCUAAAGCUUAUUGUUUAUGUGCAGCUACCUGGGAACAAAUUUCUAUAGAGGGAUUAUUUCCUAUCAUAGAAUUUGCUAGGGUAUCUCAGCUAAAGAAACCUGAAUCCUAUAAAACAGGUGAAGGUCAUUACCAAAAUAUGAACAAAAAGAAUAUAAGAGCAGAAAAAAGUAAUAGGAAUGGUCCAAAUGGUUUAAUAAAUAAGAACAACAAUUUAUCUAAAAAAACAAAUUAUGAAAAAAAUUUCAACUUUACAUUGAAUAUGAUGAAAAUGCUUUUCAGCAAUACAAAUAAUAACGAAAAUAAAUUAGAUGAGAAGGAAAAAAUAAAUAGAUUAGGAUUUAACGAAAAUGAUAGUGAUUAUAUUGAUGAUAAUUAUAAUAGUGAUGAUAAUAAUAAUAAUAAUUAUUAUUAUAAUUAUGAUGGGGAAAAGGGUUUUAAAAAUUUUCAAGAGAAUUUAAAUAAUGUUGGUCAAAAAGAUGUAAUAAAAAAUAAGAAAUUCAAAGAUAAUUAUAUUCUUGUUAGUCACGGUGUAUUCACUUACUGUUUAAUUGAAGCUAUUAUUGAAUUUAAAGAAAAGGAAUUAAAAUAUAACAUCCUAGAAAAAAAGAAUGAACAAUUUAUACCUAUGACAUUAAAAAAUUUAAUUAAUGUUAUUCAACAAAAAAUGCAAAAUAUAAAAUAUAAUAAAUUAAAAAAAAUAAAUCAAAAACCAGAAUUUACUAUACAUCCAGGUGCUAAUGCUACUAAUAAUAAUUAUUUUGUUCAUUAUUCAAAAAAUAUACAUUUCCAAAAUUAUAAAUGCAAUUUUAUAAAUGCAGAUUUAUCUCCUUUUUUAAAUGUAAAUAAAGCAUGGGAAGAAAUUAACAGAACUACUCUAAGAAAUAGAAAAUCUCUAUCAUUAAGCUCAACUUUAAUAAACACAGCAUCUUCCAAAUAUUUUACUCAAAAAAAUGAGCAAUUUAAAAAUUCUUAUUCACUCAAAUAUUAA